AUGGAUAAAAAGAUGCUCUCUCUUAUAAUAUUAGCUCAUGCUUCCGAUGUACUUGAAAAUGCAUUUGCACCAUUAAGUGAUCAGGACUACGAGGUUGCCAUGAAGAGAGUACGAUCUUUGCUUGAAUUAGAAUACGAUGUACAAGCGGAGAAGAAAGGAAACGAAGUGAUGUGGGCUGUUUUUGAAGCGUUUAGCAAGUGA